AUGAAGCAACCUAAGGAGAGCAACGGCAAUGUACGCGACGCCCAACGCCGCACCCACAAGCUCACAUUCCUCGACCUCCCCGGAGAGAUCCGCAACCACAUCUACGAGCUAUACAGCGAGAACGACGAAAAGCGACUGAAGUCGCCGCCACAGUGGGACGUGCUGAAACUCGUUGAAUAUCAACCUCGACCCAAGCGAGGCAGGCGGUCAAAGCAGAAGCAGAAGCAGAAGCAGCAAGACCAGGAACUCAGAACAAACACGCUGCGCCUCGAGCGCCUCCUGUUGUUCACACUUUCUAUCAUCCGAGUCAAUCGACAAAUCCGACGAGAAUACGCGUCGCUCACCUUCUGCCAAGCGCCCAUGGUCGUCGACAUCAACUCCGAGCCGCAUGUCUGGGGCGCUUUUGUCAACACAAUCGGAGAAGACGUCCUCAAAGAAAAAGAUGGACUCGAGACCACAAUCUCGCCAGGUGAAAAGCCCUUCAACGACUCGAGCGAGGUCGACAUCUCGGUGUCGCUUCACCGGCUUGCCAACCCCGUGACGUGGAAUUGUCCGGACCACUCGUCUUCAUAA